GGUGACUUUGCAGAAAGACGGUGAGAGCAACUUGCUGCAUGCAAUACGACACAACAUAAACUGAACAGCUUACGUUAUUUUGUCAGACAUUUAACUAUCUUUAUCAAUCUAUUUUAUGAUGACAAUUCAGUGAUUUCUGAUAGUCAGAAUGUCAUCCCUGAGCAGCAUGAAGGACAACCAAGUCUUCUUGGCGUUUUCCACAUAUGCCAUCAUUGUCAUUUUGAAGAUGAUGCUGAUGUCAUUUUGGACCAGUUACUUUCGCCUGACAAGAAAGGCGUUUGCAAACCUGGAGGACACCAAAUUAGUUUCCCCAACAGAAGACAAGAAACUUGUCAUUGUAAAUCCUGAUGUGGAACGAGUCCGCAGGUGUCACCAAAAUGACCUGGAGAAUGUUAUUCCCUUCGUGUUGGUUGGCCUGCUCUACACUCUAACUGGACCUGAACUUUCAACCGCUUUGCUUCACUUCCGCGUCUUUGUCGGCUCUCGGAUCUUCCAUACUAUUGCCUACGUUGGAUGUCUGCCUCAGCCCAGCAGGGGUCUGUGUUUUAUGGUGGGUGUGCUGGUGACCUUCUCAAUGGCUUGGACGGUGCUCAGCACAGCUCUCUAGAGAACAUUACAACAACACUAGACCAUGACUACACAUUAAUCAAUUCUUAGAUUAAUUUGCAUGAAUUCUGCUUUUACAGUUUUUUUUUUCUGAAAAACAAUGACUUUAUUCACUAUAACAUUCUUUACAUUCAAAGACAAAGCUAACUCCAAGAUCAAUCAUCAUUUCUUUUUUUUAUGUGAAAAACUUUAACAAAUACAUAACUUUUUUUCAUUUUAUUUGGUCAAGAAAUGACCAUGUUUAGAUGAGGGGGUGGAUGUGAAUGAGAACACUAUGUAUGCACAUGCAUUAACAAAUUGUCAACAACGAUGUAGCCAUUCCCUCCUUUAUUGUCUGCUUUACUCUAAAUGGGACCAUGAGUUAAAAAAUCUGCAUAAUGCUGUAUUGAAGAAAAUUUAUAACUGAAGAAAAUGUUUACUGAUGUAAAAUAAAUAAAUAAAAAAUAGGGUAAUUGUCUGAGACUUCUGUACAGCCCCACCUUUUGUAACCAGAGGAGUCACCCCCUGCUGGCCUUGCUGACCAUGACAACAAUGCAAGGUUAAGGCACUUCCACAUGAACAGCAAGCUUUGGUUUUUCCCUCUCGGGAACACAGUUCAUGACAUUAACAAUAAACUUAAGUUUAUUGUUAAUGUCAUGAACUAUACCUGUGGUUACUUUGUUAAGAACAUCUGUGCAGAUCUGGAACUGUUUAGUUAAAAUCAGCAGCAAAAAUGACAGCGAAAUCAAGUGAGCUCAGACUUUUUUUUUUUUUUACUGCUGUGAAAUGUUUUGCUUGAUAAGUGUAUUUCAACUACUUUUCUUUAAAACAAAUGUAACUUGCUUUGAUGUUUUUAUAUCUAAAUAAAUGAAAUUCUUGAAUUUUAA